AUGUUGCCAAUAAACCCUAGUUCAAUUUUCCACCUCCCAAAACCACUGCCGGCAUUCCCCAAUCUCUGCCCUCCUUCUCCACCGACCACCGCCUUCCGCUGUCGAGCGACCGCAAAGAACACGUUCCCUCUAUGGUUGUUCAAUUUGACUGCCGUUUCCGACGCCGCUGGCAGAAUUGGAGAAAGAUUGUCCGAUAAUAUUGGUGCCACCACUACGAGCAACAAUAAUAGCAAGCACACGAAAAUAAAUGCGAAAGAGAAGUGGUCGAGCGACAGUGAGAGCUACUUGACUAACGAUGGAGAUGCCCUGCCUCUCCCGAUGACCUACCCGGGCUCCUCCCCCGUGUCGCCGGAGGAAAUCGACAAGAGGCUCCGGUGCGAGCCCGAAAUAGAGGAUUGCAAGCCAAUGGUUUAUGAAUGGACUGGAAUAUGUCGGGGCUGCCAAGGAACUGGACUAGUCAGCUAUUAUAACAAAAGAGGGAAGGAGACCAUCUGCAAAUGCAUACCUUGCAUGGGCAUUGGAUAUGUGCAGAAAAUAACAGCACGCACUGAUAUUGAUGUGAUGGAGGACUUGGAUAGUAAUGGAAAACCACCUUGA